UGAUAAACUAAAACUGGUUCUGGUGCAUCAGCCUUCAGUGACAGUAAGUGGUGGAGUUGCAUGCAAACGUACCUGCACCAUUCAAGACUGUUUGUGCGUUUAGUUUCGAUUCAACUACGCACCAGUCACAAGCUUGUUACGCAAAGGCCUAUCCAAGCGAUGAUGGUGCUACUUCUGCUCGGAGCAGCAGCUCUAACAGCUGUGUGCUACCUUCUGUACCGUUGGAGCACAUCAACCUUUGGAUACUUCGAAAAACGCAGUGUUCCGUUUGGAAAACCCUACCCAUUGCUUGGCGCGCUGUGGCCCUACUUGAAGGGCGAAAAAUCCCCGGUGGACGCCUUAUGUGAGGGAUAUCGCCACUUUCCGGGCUGCACUUAUUCCGGAGUUUUCCUGUUCCGUUCGCCGUGCUAUUUGAUCCACGAUCCGGAGCUGAUUAAGAAGAUUGCCAUACGGGAUUUCGACCAUUUCGCAGAUCAUGCGAAUAAUGUGUCUCUGGAGGUGGAUCCCUUUAUGGGACGGGUGCUGUUUUUCGCCAACGGACAACGAUGGAAGCAGGGAAGGACGGCUCUCAGUCCGGCGUUCACCGGAAGUAAGAUGCGGAAUAUGUUCGGAUUGGUGAGUGAAUACACGAAUGGAGCGGUGCGACGACUGGUUGAGGAUGCGGAGGCUAGCGGUGGCAAGAUGGAGAGGGAGUUGAAUGAUUUGUUUAAGAGGUUAGGACACGAUGCAAUUACGUCGAUAUCCCUCGGCACCGAUAUCGAUUCCAUUCGCGAACCGGAAAACGAGUUCUUUGCCCACGGAAAAGAACUGGCCAAGACAACAGGCUUGCAAGGAUUUCGGUUUUUUAUCAUGUCACUGCUGCCGGAAAAGAUUCUACGACUAUCUCGGAUGCGAAUUGUUCCAGAACACCUUGCCACCUUCUAUCAUGGAGUUGUUUCCAAAGUGAUCAAACAUCGUUUGGAUAAUGGCAUUGUAAGGCCGGAUUUUAUCCAUCUCUUGCUGCAAGCUCGACGAAAUGAAUUGAAAACUGAUGAGACCGAUGAAAAAUUUAACGAUGCCGGAUUUGCAACAGUUCAAGAACACCUUGAAGCGCCAACGAAGAAUCCUAUUGAGUGGACCGAUUACGACAUAGCUGCCACUGCAGCCACUUUCUUCUUCGGAGGCGCCGAGUCCACAACUGCGCUACUUUGCUUUACUAUUUAUGAACUUGCCCUAAAUCCACAUGUUCAGCAGAAACUACUAGCAGAAAUCGACUCAGUGCAGAAAACUGUAGGUACCGAAAAGCUAACCUACGAAUCGAUGCAGCAAAUGAAGUACCUUGAUAUGGUGAUCAGCGAAACCCUUCGAAAGUGGCCUCCAUUCGGUGUCACCAAUCGACGAUGCACGAAACCUUACCAAAUUCAGGACGUCGAUGGCCAUUCAGUCACCAUUGAAAAGGGUCAAGUAGUAUUCCUCCCAAUUCAACAUAUUCACCGAGAUCCACAUUUCUUCCCGAAUCCAAUGCGCUUCGAUCCGGAGCGAUUUGCCACCGAGAACCGUGAUCAGCUCAAUCAGGACGCUUAUCUACCUUUCGGAGCUGGACCCAGGAAUUGCAUCGGAUCCAGGUUGAGCCUUAUGCAGACCAAGUGCUUCCUGUACUACCUCUUAUCGACGUUUGAAGUGCAGUUGUCGAACCGAACAGAGGUACCGAUAGAGAUCGAUUUGAAAGCGACGGGACUUAACUCCAAGAACGGAUUUUGGUUCCAUUUGAUACAGAGGGUGAAAUAGAUUAAUGCAGAAUAAAAUCAAUUCAAAACAGAA